GUGCGUGGGGAGCCCAAUCAUCCAAGCUUUCUCCUCCCCCCCCCCCCCAACAUCAUCUAUUUAUCUGCACGACUGGCUGGUGGGCUGCGAUUUCGCACUCUUACGGCUGCACCAGCGUUCGGAGGCUGCAGGCGCCCUUCACGCGAUGUCUGCCUCGAGCCCGCGCGUGCGUCUUGCACGCGCCGCUUGACAAGCGGGAUUCUCCGGCGCUGGACAGGAGCGGAUGGGGAUUAAGCGAGGCUCGUCGCUAUCCGUGUCAAAACCUCCCCGUGCACAUGGGCAGGGGAGGAGGAUGCAAUUAAAAUGGCCGUGCGCAUGAUGUCUGGAAAUCUGCCUAAACUGCGAUUUAAAAUCGCUCUUCAGAGAUUGCCAUUACUGUCAUAUCUAACAUAUGAUCUCAUGAUGAGCAUCACUUUGGGUUGUGCGCCUUCCGGCCUCGGACAGCUGCCGUUGCCCCUGGAAAUAAUGCGAAGGACUUACAGAAAAGUAAUUUGAGUGUCUCUAAAAUAAUUUGCUGAGAUUUGGUGAGAAAAGGUUGUUGCUCACGCUGCUGCAAAUGGAAUCCUCGGAGCAAAUUCCUCUUAGAACGACAGGAGCCUAUCCUCAUAGCUGGUGUCCAUCAUCCUCCGGGCCAACCGCCAACCAGCAGAGUCGAGGCUCCAUUUCAGUACCAUGGACAGAUCCAAAGGGACACUCUGCCGCAGCAACGGCAACAUCAGCUGCAACGACGGCUCGGCUUCUCCUGAGCGGAUCUUCAGGCGUGCAACCGAGCGGUCAGGGAGAGACAUCCUUCACGGCGCAAAAUUGCGGCACAAACGAGGUGAACAACACGGCGAGGCGGCACUCGCAAAACUACGUGGACGUGGAAUUGGUGGCCAUCAGCCCCGUGUCGGCGUCGAGGCGCACUGUGCAGCCGAGGGCUGUCGACAUGACCCCAACGCCUGGCAGUGAAUCGUACCCGGCCGAUGACAACGGUGAACCUGUGGAUUACGGCUUCAUCAUCUCCCUCAUUUUCCUCUUCGCUGGAAUUGUCCUUGUGGUCAUCGCAUACCUGGUGCCGAGAGAGGCGAGGGUUGAUCCAGACUCCGUGUCGGCCAGGGAGAUGGAGAAAAUCGAAAAUUAUUACGCGCGGCUUGGGACCAAUUUAGAUAAGUGCAUCGUGGCUGGUCUUUGUUUCCUGACCCUCGGCGGAAUGAUCCUAUCCUGUCUUUUAUUAGUGUCCAUCUGUAAGGGCGAAAUAUACCGCAGGCACAGAAUGGGUGGCUAUCGAACGAACAGGACAUAUGGCUCCGUAAACCUGCGCCUAGAGACGCCCGACACUGAUCUGCACAUGAGCUCUCUGGUUGAGGCUGAACGCGAUCCCCGGGAUUCGGAUGCAGAGCACGAAGUGUAAAAAUAUCAGCGUGCUACAACCGACUGCUGACUGCGUUCCCUGCUGCUAAUGUGCAUCGUUCUGCCAGCUGUCAGACAUGCUUCAGUAUAACACUUGAUAUACUCCCGACCUUUUUUACAUUUGAUAAAAACGCAUUUAAUUAUUGUAUGCAGUCGACUCUAGAUUCACUGCACUUCAUUUGGUGAGCCUGCAGAUCACCGAUUUUUGCUUUCAAUCAGAGAUAAUUAAAACGAGAUUGUCCGCAGGGUGGAUUAGUGGAUGGAGGCUGUUAGCGUGGAGCAGGAGGGAGGUGAGGAGGGGGGGGGGACAAUAAAUGAAUGAAUACACUGAAUGUACGAGGAGAGAAGUUGAUGUUCCACACAAUCGUGAGUUCUGCACUCAUUGUGCGACAAUUUACUUUGGACUGUAGAAUGAUCCCAUAUGCGGUUGAGUAAAGUGCGAUUAUUUGAAAGUGUGUUGUAUGCUAAAUACCAGUGUUGAACUAUAUCUCGUUGCAUGUUUUAGAAAAUGGAGACCUGAAAAUUUGACGUUAAUUUUAGUUAAUUAAUACUCUCAAAUCGCAGUAAACCCAACCGUGUUCAAGAUCAAUGACUGCAUUUAAAUAUUUGUAUUCCUUGGUUUGAGGUUGUAUUUCAAGAGCCGAAUUUUAUGGAAAUUUACAUUGUCGUGUUGGAAUGAUUGCAUAAAUUAAAUGUAGGCUAUAUAUUCCUAUAACUUAAUGAACCCGUAUAAUUUAUUUUCAUUAAAACUAUGCAGGAAAUGUGUAUAGCUGAAUGUAGUGCUCAACAUUUACUUUUAAUGGAACGUGAAGUCGCCUUAUAUUUUCACAUAUGCUGCUUUGUGUUUUAUUUAAAUACAUUAUAGAUCCAUACAUCCAUGCAUAUAUACGAGGCCUGUACAUACACGCACGUUGCACCGUACUGAAAACACAUGUAGACAUCAAAUGUAAACCCUCACUUACCAACUGUACGCUUACAUUACAUAUAUACAGUGUACACGAAACGAACCUUUUUAUUCCAGGAGUAUAGAUAGGGGCGUUAUAAUUUGUUUAAAAUGCCUUACAUUAAACGAAUUAGGUGUUGAUAAAAAAAAUAUUUAUUGACUUUUAAAUUCUGCGUGCUACUUUGAAACCACAGUAUGAAAGUUAAUAUUCAGCACAAAAGCCUUUGUGAGAAUACAAAUGAAAUAAAGUUGCUUUAUUUCUCUUUCUACCUCUUUCAUAUUUUAAAAGUGUUUAUGUUACAAAGUCUAUUUAUUUCCAAUAUUUUUCGUAUAAUGUGGUAAUAUACAAUGUAAGUUAAUUAUAUCGGCACCUACAAAGGAAUGUGGUGUUAAAACAUUUGCAAAUGAUGCAUUCCUUGCAAACAAUCUUCGUUCAUAUCUUGAAAGAUGCGGUGAAUCUAUGUGAAUACUCUUUAAAGUAAAUUGAAAUGUUUUUGUCCGUCGGCUGAUAAAAAUGCGGUAGACUACUAAAAUGCUUUUAUUUGGGUAAAAUGCGAUCAUGUGUUGUGGGGUUAAAGAAUAUAUAGACAAUAAUAAGGCUCAAGUACUGUCCUCUUCGCCUACACAGGAAUUUUGUGAAAACCCGAGUGUGAAAUGUUACUAUUUCUGCUGACGCCCACGUACACGGGUGAAAAGAUGUAAACUGUAUUGAUAUACUGUAAAUAUUGACACUCUGUAGUAAAAUAUAAGCUACCUCUACGCGAGUUGUUUUAUUUCAACACAGUGAACAGAGGAGGCAAGGAAGGAGCAAUGCAUGGAGAUUUCAUAGGGGCCAUCCAUCAACUC